AUGAAGAAAUCUAAAUAGUUUAUAUCUGUAAGUACUGAUAGCUCUAUUAUAAUAUGGAAUUAUAAUUCAAAUCAUUUAUGGAGUUUAUAAUAAAUAUUAAAUGGGCAUAGUCUUAUUCUCUAGUGUUUAGUAAUAAAUAUUAUUGAAGAUAUAAUUAUAAAUGGAAGCAGCGAUACAACUAUUAAAUUUUGUAAGAAAAAGAAGGAAUGGUUGCGGUAUUAAACAAUUACUGAUCAUUCUAAAUCUGUAUUUGGAUUAAGUUUAAAUUAAUAAUAAAAUAGAGUUGUAUCAUGUGGAGAAGAUAAAUAUAUAUUAAUAAUUGAACAAUAAGGAUAUAAUCAGAAAUGGGAAGUUAUAAAAGAUAUCAAUUAAAAAGAAUGGAUAUAGAAUAUGCUUUAUUGA